GAAAAUGGUUACUGCUGAUUGGCUGAAGCUUCCUUAAUUGAAUGACCCACUAUUUUCUCUUAGGGCAGGUGGGCUGUUCGUUCCACCGGCCUUUACAGUUUACUUGCCCAUCUGCGAUCGACAAUUCGAUAUUUUUAUAUUCUGUCUACAUAUUGUAGCAUGCGGACAACUAACGUCCUCACAUUUCUCAAUUUCCCAAACUCGUUUCUAUAUUUCUUGGUACUAUAAGGUUAUAAAGACAAGAUAUUUUCAAUUGCGUGUCGUGUUCGACUACCCCUCCCGAUGCCUUCCGAACCGUCCAAACCAUCCACUUCGGGCAUCGUCACAGACGAGAACAGCGGCGAGCGCCACAUCCCAGAAUCCGUGCGAGCGGACGGCACCACGCGGAAGGCGAUUAAGAUUCGCCCUGGCUACCGACCCCCGGAGGAUGUCGAAGUCUACAAGAACCGCACCGCAGAGUCGUUCCGCAACCGCGGCAAGGGCGGCGUCAUCGGCGCAGAAGGGCUGAAGGAGCAAAAGCAAGAAGCGGCGGCCGCCUCAGCUGCCAGCAACAAGAACGCCAAGCGCAGGGAAGCCAGAAAGAAGGCGAAAGCAGCGACUGAAGACAACGCGCCCGGUGAUGCGAGCGUUGCUAAGGCAACAGAAGGAGAAGAAGCUGUCGAUCCGGAGGUUGAAAGGGAGAAAAAGGCACGGAAUUUGAAGAAAAAGUUGAAGCAGGCGAGGGAGCUGAAGAACAAAAAGGAGGGCGGCGAAUCUCUCCUGCCAGAACAGAUCGCCAAGGUCAUCAAGAUUAAUGAGCUCGUGAGAGAACUCGAAGCGCUCGGGUUUGACGCCGAUGGCGAGCCCAAGUCUGAUAAUGCUCAGGAGACAACGAAAGAAGGAUGAGUAGGCGAUUGUCCGAGCGAUUUUCCGAUUCGAAAAUCCCAACAGAACCCUGCCAAAAAUAUGAUCUGCCAGAUGUCAUGAUAAAGGCAGUAACAGUGCUAUGGUACGAGUCACACAGAUCAUGGGAUACGACCCAGUGGAAGUAGAUCAGGCAGCUUAACGUGAUAGUAGUUAAGCCCUACUACGGAUUUCACCGGAGGCGCCAUUGACUAUUUGAUUACCGGUCAGCACAGAGGCACACUUAAGCCAAGGCGUUAAGCCUAACUUCGUCAAAUUGACGAUAUGAGGAGGUCCAGCCUAGACAGUGCUAUCUCGACAAUAAGUAUGAUGAACUAUGGAGUCAAGGUCAAGAUACUACCACUGAUGGUGCUUGAAGAAAAGGGCUACAGAAUCCAGACCUUAAGUAUAGUAUAUAUCACUUUUGAAUACGAAUUCUACGCUCAAGAGCAGCAGCCCUACUUACAUAAGAUAUCUAUCACAUGAAUGAGUAAAAUUAUAUCUUUGUGAAUACUUACCUACCUAGGUAAGUAGGCAAUUACCAACAUAGCCUCGCGCUUGAGAUCAAGAGCCUAGGUCCAGGUCCAGGUCCUGCUGUGAAUAUAUAGUGCCCCAUAAAAUAU